AUUUCAUACUUUCAUUUGCUUAAAAGAAACCCGAUACACUGUCACACAGUGUACCCGAUCCUCUUUAUGGCAUUCAUAAGAAACUCCAGUUCACUUCUCGCUUCCACUUUCACUUCCCAAAACCCUUUCUUCUUCUUCUUCCCUUCUCUCUCUCCUACUUUCUCUCAGAUCCACCGGCAAAAACACAACAAACUCACAUGUAAAUCAAAACCCACCCGCCGGAAAUCUAGACAAAAAUCUUCCUCGGAAAAAGACAUGUCUGUCAGCUUACAAAUUCCUCCAUCGGAAGAAGGAGCAUCUUUGCUUGGAUCUAGAACAUCGUCGAGGAGUCACUUACCUUCUUCGGAGAAAGGAGAAGUAUUAGUGACUGAUAAAGAAGGUGAAACAUGCUCUUCCAGUAAAGCUAGUGGACGGAAAAAGAAACCUUACAUAUCGUUCUUUGGGGUGGAUUUAUCCCCAGAUAAUAUUGCGGUUUCAAUGGUAUAUUUUGUACAGGGUGUUUUAGGCCUCUCUAGGCUUGCAGUGAGCUUUUACUUAAAAGAUGACCUCCACCUAGAUCCGGCAGAGACAGCAGUGGUAACUGGUGUAUCUGCAUUGCCGUGGCUUAUCAAACCUCUGUAUGGAUUCAUUAGUGAUUCUGUCCCACUCUUUGGUUACCGAAGAAGGUCAUACCUUGUUCUAUCUGGGCUGCUCGGAGCACUAUCAUGGUCUUUGAUGGCUUCCCUCGUUGAUGACAAGUAUGGCGCUGCUUUCUGCAUUCUUCUUGGAUCUCUAUCUGUUGCCUUUUCUGAUGUGGUUGUAGAUUCCAUGGUUGUUGAACGGGCUCGUGGUGAAUCACAAAGCACGUCUGGCUCUCUUCAGUCUUUAUGUUGGGGAUCCUCAGCUUUCGGUGGGAUAGUUAGUGCUUAUUUUAGCGGCUCCCUGGUUGAUGCUUAUGGUGUUAGGUUUGUUUUCGGGAUCACGGCAUUGCUUCCACUGAUAACGUCUGCUGUUGCUGUUCUUGUUAAAGAAAAACCCACGUCUAGGUCUACAGGAGGAUAUAAUCUUUCUUUAGUGGGUGCAGGAUUUUUUGAGAGCUCAAAGCAGAAUAUUAUUCAGUUAUUGGGUGCCAUCCGGCAGCCAAAUAUAUUUUUGCCCACCUUAUUCAUUUUCCUCUGGCAAGCUACACCUCAUUCAGAGUCUGCUAUGUUUUACUUUACUACGAACAAACUUGGCUUCACCCCGGAAUUUCUUGGUCGUGUCAAGCUUGUCACUUCGGUUGCAUCAUUACUAGGUGUAGGACUGUACAAUGGAUUUUUGAAGAAUGUUCCAAUGCGAAAGAUUUUUCUUGUGACCACCAUUAUAGGUUCAGCACUAGGGAUGACACAGGUUAUACUUGUUACUGGAUUAAAUCGACAAUUUGGCAUAAGUGACGAGUGGUUUGCUGUCGGGGAUUCUUUAAUCAUUACAGUUCUUGGUCAGGCAUCAUUCAUGCCUGUUUUAGUGUUGGCUGCAAGAUUAUGUCCCGCUGGUAUGGAAGCAACACUAUUUGCAACUCUCAUGUCCAUCUCAAAUGGAGGGAGUGUCAUAGGGGGGCUGUUAGGAGCUGGCCUGACACAGCUUCUGGGUGUCACAAGAGACAGCUUUAAUAACUUGACAUUCUUGAUAGUUAUCUGCAAUCUCAGCUCGUUGUUGCCAUUGCCUCUCCUUGGUCUUCUUCCCAAAGACAUUCCAGAUACCAAGCCUGACGAGAAUGGAGAUGUCGAGAUGAAGUCAAAUUGAACUUAUGUAAGCACCUCAAAAUUUUGCUGCAAUGAUUUGAAAUACCUGUUCUCACUGUUUCAUUCACUACAGAAGUCCAAAUUGAACUUAAUACUUAAUUACUUAUACACAAUAUAAAUAUACACUAGAAAUAUACACUGUAACUUAAAUUAAUUUAGUUUACUAAUUAAAAACACCACGAUAGGCCUGUGGUUGGGGACCAACUGCACCUAGUUACUUAAGAA